CGCACGGAACUGAACUGAGCGGAAUGUAAGCUGGGCUGGGGAAUCCUUUGGCCGAAACCACAAAGGAGAUACGGAAGUUGGCUCAGACGACGACGACAGCGCUCCUGCAGCUCCUCCAGUGCCGAUCCGCUGCUGGAACCUCUGGCACAGGCACAGGCACAAGUGCGAGUGCAGGAAACCGGAGCGGAAAUUCACUGGGCGGAUGUCAAGUCCAAGUUCAGGCCGUGUUCCUUUACCGAGUUACCCCGUAACUAAAUAACCGUGUUUUGCUCUCAAGUUCCGGCGGCAUUCGCACGUGAUCCCCAGUAAUAUUACAAGUUUGAGUUCGAGCUGGAGUAUCUUCACCCCCGCGCGGGACAGCGAUUAACAUAAAUUUGCACUCGUUGGCCAACUGCGAAAGCUGUCAUCAUUCUGGAUUUUACAAACAACUUCCGACGGAAGGAGUUGGAUAUGUCAUUUCUGGCUACCUUGGACGCAAGUGCCUGGCAGGAACGCCUCAGUGGUCAUGGGAGUCUAGGGCUGUCCAGCGGCAGUGCGGCGUACACAACGCAUUCCGGCGGACACACGGGGCGCAGCGGACCGGCCACGGGACACAGUGGGCACAGUAGCACCCAUGGCUCGGCGGCCACCAUGCACCACCAAUCGCUGCAGUCCGACUUCCAGCCGCCGUACUUUCCGCCCCCCUUCCACCACUCCACCCAGAGUCCCCCCCAGCAACAGAUAUCCGGCUACUUGCAGAACCACGGGGCCCUCGAGUACUUGGGCACGGACCCGUACGGCCAGCCCCUCUCCUCGCUGCACCAUGCCCCACUGCACCACUACAACCAGCUGGCGGGUCUGCGGUCGACGCAGGACCAACUGGGGAUCCACAGGACCCACAGAGAGGCUGAGCUGCAGGGACAUGUUACCCAACUGUCACAUGGAUUCCCGUACACGGAUCGGAGAAGUGAUUACGGUAGUGCAAUAUCGGCGGGAGCUGCCCACGGAACCAGACUUGGCCAUGAGCACGAGUCCCUGGCGUUGCACCAAGCCCUUCAAAACGCGGUCGAUGAUGUCCAAGCUCCUGCCCUCGACGACAAUGUGGCGUUUAUGUCGGACUUGCCGCUUAUAAAGAGCAUGAAAAGCGGAAAGGAAGCCGGGAACAUUGGAUCGGGUUCGCCCAGCGAGGUAUUCUGUGCAGUCCCUGGUCGCCUCAGCCUCCUAUCGAGCACCUCGAAAUACAAGGUCACCAUAGCCGAAGUGCAGCGACGCCUGUCGCCCCCAGAGUGCUUAAACGCCUCCCUACUGGGCGGAGUGCUCCGAAGGGCCAAGAGCAAGAACGGCGGUCGCCUGCUGCGGGAGAAGCUGGAGAAGAUCGGCCUAAACUUGCCGGCCGGCAGGCGAAAAGCGGCCAACGUGACGCUCCUGACAUCCUUGGUCGAGGGGGAGGCAACGCACCUGGCCAAGGACUUUCAUUUCGUGUGCGAAACCGAAUUCCCCGCCAGGCAGCUGGCCGAGUACAUAGUGCGCCACCAAACGGAGCCGCAGGAUUCGUACCGACGGAAAGAGCUCAUUCUUCACUCCCAGCAGAUUACAAAAGAGCUUAUGCAGAUCUUAAGCCAAGAUCGAACGACUCACUUCGGCACGAGAUCACAGCACUUGUUGGAACCGUCGAUGCAACGCCACUUAACACAUUUCUCUUUAAUAACGCACGGAUUCGGAUCGCCCGCAAUUAUGGCUGUUCUGCAUGCUUUCCAGACAUUUUUGAAUGAAUCAUUAAACUAUUUGGAAAAGCUGUAUCCUUCAAACGGUGGCGGGAUGGUUUCGUCAUCGUUGGAUAAAAGUAAAAUUGACAACGAAAAAAAAUGAUAGGCUAUGUUGUAUAUUGCCACAGAUUAAAGCAAGCCGUAAUUUAAGAUUAACUUUCCAUACAUUAGGUACAACGUCGAUAAAAUAAUAAAAUUCCUGUAAAUUAAUUUAUUUAGUUAAGUGUAAAUUAUUGGACAUUUUGUAUAUCUAUAACUGUAAUUUGAAUGUACAAUAUUCAAAUAUAUUAAAUACGUAUAAUUUAUUUAACUUAGAAAAAUACAUCGACUUUUUGUCAAAAGCACAAAGCUUUUUACAACUAAUUCAAACAAAAA